AUGGCCGUGCUGCAGUGGCCACUUGCGCCAGACUUCGAAAUCGAUGGCGAAAUCGAGGUUCCGGCCGUGGUGUUCAGCACUGUGCCUGUUGGGCUGGACAUCGACUUCAACAGCAAGUCCAAUCUUGAAACGGGAGUUGUUGACGACAUUAACGUCGGGCUCAACAACGCGGCAGUGGACGCAGACGCGGAAGCGGAAGCAGAAGCAGGCCAGGGUGCUGACACGGCCGAAUCCUGGCUUCUGACAGAGACGACGACUUACAGCAGCGGCGACGGCGACGGCUUGGACGAAGCCCAGCUGCAGCAACACCAGCGGCAGCGUCGACAACAGCAGCAGCAGCAACAACAACAACAACAACACGAGGCCGCUCCGGCGCCAGCAGCAAGCAGAGAAGGCAAGCACAGCGGUGCUGCGCCAUCUUCUCCCGCACUCGCACCUGCAACUCCUGCGCCUGCACUUGCACUUGCACCUGCGCUUUUCCCUCCGUCAUCGUCUCCUUCUUCUGCGUCGGCGCCGCCUGCACGUACGCCUGCACCUGCACUCGCACCCCUGCCUGUAUCCUUUUACAAGUACGCUGCUGCUUCUGCAGUCGCCGUUGCGCCUCCUCUUCCACACCCCGCGCUUGUGUUUGCGCCUGAGCCGGACCAGGACAAGCACAAAGACAAAACCAAAGACCAAAACGACAACGACGACGACAACGGCAGCGCUGAUCCCUCGGCGGCAGACCCGCUCGUAUCCUUAUUACAACUGGACCCUUUGAUAAGCGCUGCUCCUGUUGGUCUUGCUGGGUCGUCGUCGGCAGACUGGCACAUUCUGAACCCCAACUCAGAUCUCAGCACCAGCACCAGCACCAGCAACAGCACCAGUUCCUGUUCCAUCCACCCAGAAGAAACAGCUUUGCCUGCACCCCCCCUCCAUUCGCAUCCGCACCCGCACCCGCACCCGCACCCGCAUCUGCUGCACCACCACAACCAGUCCCGGCUGUACCAAAACCAACUGCGCCAGCACCAUCCAGGUCUGCUCCAGAACCAUCUCCUGCAACGUCCACGCUAUUACGCCCACCAGCUCCAACUCCAGAACCACCACUACCCGUACCCAGCCCAACACCAUUACCAUCGCCCACCACAACCACUCCCCGUUCACGUCCAGCACCGCCAGUCAUCCCAGCUCCAGCCCCAGCCCCAAUCCCAGUUCAAGUUCCAGCACCAGGCCCUCGAGGCCCUCCGACUUCCGUCUACGCCGACACACCCAGUGCCUCUGCUCCGACCUGCAGACCCUGCUGCGCCUGGGCCACUGCAGUUGCCAGGCCCAGUGCCAGAAGCAGAGCGAGCGGCGCUGCUGCCACUCCUAUUCCCUCCCGGGCCUCCAGCUCCAGCUCCAGCAUCCGCCUUUGCUCCUAUUACUAGUCGACCAGCGAAAUUCGUCGACGAAUUUCUUCACAACUCUCCCGACCCCGUCGCAUCGCCCGCCAACAGGUCGCCAGACCAGGACGAGUCAAUCAUGGACGUCGACAUGUCCUCCGCAGACCUUGCGGCCCAAAAUCUUCAACGGCCGCAGCAGUCAACCCCCCAGAAAUCCGACUCGCCAUCCCAGGCGGGGGGAACUUCUAAUGUCGCCAACACAAGCCCCAAUCCCCAAUCUGGGAGCUCUGCCUCUGCCUCUGCCUCUGCCUCUGCCUCGGCUGCCGCCGCCGCCGCCGCUGCCGCCGCCGCCAACCACAUGAGUUUUCGCAGCGAGAAGGGGGACAAUGCCGAGGACCGCUCUCCGCGAGCUGCGAGCACUGCUGCUCCGGGCACCUUUCCGCCGAGAACACCUGCCGUCUAUCACACCACCGAUGGCACUCCGUCCUCUACAUACACCGAGUCACAGGCCCGAAAAGAGGAAAUUGAUAGCGGCACCUACCUCAACUUGGUCAUGAAGCCUAAGUUCACGAGAGCGCCCAUCACCGAUGCUGGCAGAGUCGCGUAUCUGGGAGAGUCAUCCAACUUGACAUUGCUGGUACACGACCGCCAAGGAUCCUCCGACGUGGUUCACUAUCCUCUCCCCGAAAAUGUCAGGGGCUCAAGAGCCCGCCUCACUGAGCUUGACAACGUGGAAAUAGAUAUCUUACACCAGCGCGGUGCCUUCCUCCUCCCGCCCAGGUCUCUCUGCGACGAGCUCAUUGAUUCCUACUUUAAAUGGGUUCACCCGAUUGUGCCCGUCAUCAAUCGUACUCGCUUCAUGAGGCAAUACCGCGACCCCAAAAAUCCCCCCUCUCUACUUCUACUGCAGGCUGUGCUGCUGGCCGGCUCUCGAGUCUGUACGAAUCCGCAAUUGAUGGAUGCCAACGGCUCGACAACCCCUGCCGCGCUUACCUUUUACAAGAGGGCCAAAGCCUUGUACGACGCCAACUAUGAAGACGAUCGAGUGACCAUCGUCCAGUCCUUGCUGCUGAUGGGCUGGUAUUGGGAAGGCCCCGAAGAUGUGACCAAGAACGUCUUUUACUGGAGUCGUGUAGCCACCAUUGUUGCCCAGGGAUCCGGGAUGCACCGCAGCGUGGAGCAGUCACAGCUGAGUCGUUCCGACAAGAGAUUAUGGAAAAGGAUCUGGUGGACUCUCUUCACACGCGACAGAUCCGUAGCUGUAGCUCUCGGUCGGCCAGUGCAUAUCAACCUAGACGACUCGGAUGUGGAGAUGCUUACCGAGGACGAUUUCAUCGAAGACGAAGGCGACCGGAACAGCGAAUACCCUCCAGAUCCGAUCCAUGUCCAAUUUUUCAUGCAGUACGUCAAGUUAUGCGAGAUCAUGGGCUUGGUGCUAUCACAGCAGUACUCCGUUGCUUCCAAAGGACGUCAACGCAACGCCAUUGAUUUAACGCACAGCGACAUGGCCUUGGCAGACUGGCUUCAGAACUGCCCGAAGCUCGUGUACUGGGAGGUUGCUCGGCAUCACUUCUGGUCUGCGCUGCUUCACUCCAACUACUACACAACGUUAUGUCUGUUACAUCGGGCCCACAUGCCACCAAACGGUGGAAGCCGAUUUCCCGACGAUGCUCCUUAUCCAUCACGGAACAUCGCUUUUCAGGCGGCGGCCAUGAUUACCUCUAUCAUCGAAAAUCUAGCUGCUCACGGCGAGCUACGCUUUUGCCCGGCCUUUGUCGUGUACAGUCUGUUCUCCGCACUCAUCAUGCACGUUUAUCAGAUGCGGUCGCCGGUCCCCUCGAUCCAACAGGUGACCCAAGACAGGUUACGCACGUGUAUGCAAGCACUCAAGGAGGUUUCGCGCGUCUGGUUGGUGGGCAAGAUGGUUUAUACCCUGUUCGAAUCCAUCAUCGGAAAUAAAGUACUGGAAGAACGUCUGCAAAAGGCCGCCGGCAAGAGGCACAGGAAGGCACAACAAACUCUGGCUCAACUCGAGCAACAGCAGCAACGACCCCAAGAAGCGGCGAAGAGAAAGUAUGACGAUAUGGCGAUUGACUUUAGCGUCAACACACCGACGCCUCAGGAAUCGUACGAGCGAUCACGUCCUCAAACGCCCAGCCAUAUGAAGGGCGACGGAUCAUCCAACUCCCAAACCAUGCCACCACCCACGUCUCCAAAUGCUAGACAGAAUGCCGACACCUUCAUGGGUGGAACAUCUUCGAGGCCACAGACGAGGCCGGCGACUCCGUUCAACCCGUCAUUCUCAGUCCCAGCAACGCCACCAGAUCUAUACCUAGUAACGCGCAACUCGCCGAACAUUUCGCAAUCACUAUGGGAGAAUUUCCAGCCCGAUCAGUUGUUCCCUGAUAGCGCCAGCAUGCCGGCUUUUCCUCAAAUGUCUCCCUCGGUUCCAAAUCAAGGGGGCAUAGACGCUGGGCUCAUGGCACAACUUCAAAAUCCCAAUCUGCAGGGUGGCUUGUCUGGCCAGAACAGUCAAUUCCAACAGAGAGCAGCAACGAAGGCAGGGCUAGGCGGAAGCCCUCCGCAAGGGCACAACGUAGUACCGGGAUUACAGGGUUUCCAGCAACAACAGCAACAGGGCCAUGGGCAGAACAAUAGCAAUUUGAACAGUAGUUUGUGGACGGCCAACUUUGAUGGCUUGAUGCCAGAUGGGCACAGUCCCAGCGACAGCUGGAGCACAGGAUCUGCACAAGGGCAGCCUGUUCCCAAUACUCUCAACGUUGAAGACUGGUACGUCGAGCGAGCAUGCUGA